AUGGGUGGGUACAAGAAAUCGUCAACGUUUUCAGUAAUGAGAGCUUUGUUACCUUGCUGCUCUAACAGUGGAGAAGAUUGGAGGGAAGAAGGGGUGAUCAUAAGGUCAAGAAUCAUGACCAGUGAUGAAGAUGGUCGGCUUUGGAUCGCUGAGCCAGGGGUCGAUAGAAGAGCCACUUCUUUUAUAUCUAGGUUCUACGAGAACCAAGUCUCUGAUCCUAAAUACAGAACCCUUACUCCUUGA